GCCCAAUGGUAAUACAAUAUUCAUGAUAAAAUGCGGGUUUAAUUAUGGCUUAUUUGGUCUUGGUCCUGGCGCGCGCCCAGUCAAAACUCUUUUACCCGGGGAACUGAUGCUCCCCCUCACCUUUCCCAUGGCUCACUAACUUAAAGCACGGCCGUAAUUCUUCUGAGAUUAUUACUGUUCUACUGGUUAUCGCACGAUCAGCAUAUCCCCCCUUGGACAAUUUUUCUCCAUUUGACCAAUCUCACCGUCGAAUGUGAAAGGCGAUUGUUCGAGACCCUAUCGCCCAUAGAGCAGAAAAGACGCUCUUUCAGCUGUGGCGAUGACGCUUCAGAGACCCUGUCACAAAGCAGCAAGGUUACCUUAGCCUAGCUCGCCCAUUGUGCCGUCGCGAUCGCGACUUCCUUUUAGUCUUUUGAAGCAAGAGAGCGAACAUUCGCCUUGUACAGCGUUAUUUGAAACCAUGUCCUCAGCGGUCAUAGAUCCUAUCACAUCAAUAACCAAGUCCUCCGCCCCCAGUGCGCCGCCUUCUGAGAAACAUCGUCGCCGGCUCUCAUUACCGCCCCAGCCGUCCUUCUCCGCUCCUCCGCGGGCUAGAAACCGAUCCGCAAACAAUGUCCAGGUUCAUCCGGCGUCUCCCGACGUGAUUUCCUCACUAAUUUCAUGCCUGUCGGAUAUUUCAACCCCUACCAAAACACAUUUUGACGGAGUGUACGAUACAUCGUUUAGUCACUCGACGCCAUCCUCACCAAGCUACCGCACCACAUCAAUUUCUCGUGUUGCUUCUAAAACCUCUUCUCGGGAGGUCGAGGGCAGGAUUGGAAGCAACGAUGGUAGUUUUGGCAUGGACUACGGCGCGUACACCCAACCUUCUGCCGCGGUCGUCCACGAUUUCUUACAUCCAGAUGAAGCUGCUUUACCGCCUGUGAUACGAACGUCAAAAUCAUCAGUCCAUUCAGCCAAGUCUGUUUCCAAAGCGUAUCUGCGACGGAGCCGCUCGUCAGCUUCAUUGACUCUUGCAGCCUCAAGGGCCUCCGUUUCCUCAUUGUCCAAUAUAUCUGAUGAGCAGAGCAGCAUCGGCUCUCUCCAUAUGGAGCCAGCAACGCCACGAAUUUCGACGGGAAGUCGAGAAUCAGAUAGCGCUGGAAAAGCAACAAGCAGCAUAAAGAGAUCAAUUCUGCGUUACGCAACCUCAAAGGAGCAUCUUAAAUCCAGGAACGAUGACCCGGCAAUAUUGGGCCCUUUAGAACCUACUACCGCAAAUCGUGUGCAAGGAUAUGCGGGAAAGGCCUCCUCAAUGAUGCCGGCUAGUAGUUCAUCCAUCCUGGCAGAGAAUGUUAUCAGCGAGGAGCCUGCUCCAGAAACCGAUUCCAUGAUAAGAGGGCUAACAGAGCAACCAACAAUGAAUGCGACGAGCUCCAAGUCCAUCUCAGCAAGUAUUAAGUCGACAUCUUUGGGGGCUGUCGCGGGUCUAUCGAUACCAACCAGGGAUUCGUCUCUCCUGAAAACCGGAACAAAAUCUCCCAGGAAGCGUCGCUCGCACACCGUCACCCCAGCGUCCAGCGCAACCAAAAUUGGAUACAAUAAGGAAAGUGCCGCAUCAAUUGCUCUCAUGGAGGCCGACGCAGCAAUAGAGAAUGGAGACGUCGUCCGUCGCAUAAAGGAACUUAAAUCCCGCAUGGAAAAGGGAAAGCGUUCCUCCGAGAAACUCAAAUCACAAGAAUCGGCCCGGUCUGGUAAUGACUCUGCGCCAGUCUCCAAUGUCGAUGAUACCGCGCCAUUUCCAGCUAUUCCUCAGAGAAAACCGAGAAAAGAUUCGAUCGCAAUGGCCGCCGCACAAGAGCCUUGGUCUUCGUCAAAAGCAUCGGAUUCCAGAAAUCAGUCCCGGCUUGAUCGAUUUUCGCGGCGAUCAAUGUCUGUCUCGGACGAAAAUUAUCCCAGCUCUAGCAUGUUCACUCCACAAAAAGAAAUAAAGCCCACACCAUUCAUGAUUUCCCCGGAUUCCACAGCGGAUGAUCGGCCAAAUAGUGCAGACUCCAUUGACGAUGCUGUAGAUGCGUAUCUUAACGCACCACGUCUUUCGCAGAAGGUAAAAUGCCCAACAACUGGUCGUGUUAUUUCCUUCUCGGAAGUCGGUGAUCCUAAUGGCUAUGCCGUUUUCUGCUGUCUCGGAAUGGGUCUUACGCGGUACAUUACGGCCUUCUAUGAUGAAUUGGCUGUCACCCUUAAGUUGAGACUCAUUACCCCUGAGCGACCUGGGGUUGGCAAUAGCAUGCCUUACGAAGAUGGCACUGGGACACCACUUGCAUGGCCAGAUGACGUUUAUUUGAUAUGCCAGGCUUUGAAGAUCACAAAGUUUUCUAUUCUGGCACAUUCAGCGGGCGCGAUCUAUGCUUUGGCUACCGCACUACGCAUGCCUCAGCACAUGAGGGGACGUCUUCACCUCCUCGCGCCGUGGAUUCCUCCCUCGCAAAUGUCAAUCAUAGGAACUCGCACUGAUGCUGCACCGACCGCAAAUUUGCCUACUGCGCAACGGAUUUUACGAGCAUUACCGACGCCAUUUCUGAAGGCGGCAAACGCAACUUUUAUGAGCACUACCAGUGCAAGCAUUGUCAACAGUCUUCCUAGGUCUCCACGGCGGUCGAAACGAAGGGUUAUUGGCAACAACAGCAGUGGAAAUAAGGAGAAUUCUGCAUCUAGUGCACGCAAGCCGCCUCCGGCCGGUCUGCCAGGGCCAUCGAGCCCCAACGUGCGGCGGGACGAUGAAAACCCUCUACCAGUUUCCGAAGUUUCUCCUGAAGGGACGCCCUCCAAAUUCGGCGAGAGUGUACUGUCGGAGGAUUUAGACUUCUCUGAGAGACUAGGCCGCCAGGCCGACUACGAUUCAAGGUUGACCUGGGGUAUUUGGGAAAGAGCCACACACGGCGCAAAUCCGGCGAUCGACCUCGUUGUGUGUCUCGAACGGAGACAACCUAUUGGAUUUCGAUACGUUGACAUAAGUCGAGCGGUUGUGAUCCACCACGGCAGCAGAGACACAAGGGUUCCUGUCGAAAACGUCAAGUGGCUGGGGACGACCAUGCGGCGUUGCGAGGUGCGGAUCCUCGAAGGAGAAGGCCACGGUCUGAUGGCGAGCGCCACUGUCAUGGGUAAUGUCCUCAUGGAAAUCGCAAAAGAAUGGGAGGAUUGGAUGCGUGUGGUACAAGGAAAAGGAGGAAAUAAUAGACGAUUCGGCCACGGCUAGAUGCAUCGCAUGCCACAUGCGACUUACGGACGGAUGCAUGCAUACGGGUCGAAAUUCAUGGCACCACAGCACAAAACAAGCAGGAAACAUAAUGCCUGGACGAAAAUUUUUUGGGGUUUUCAAUUUUGCUUUAGCGGGGAAUAUGGCUUGAUCUAUUGCAAUUUAUUUUGGGGCCAACUAUUGACGGUGUACUAUUGAGGUUUGAAGAAUUGCUUCUCUUAUUUGAGGGUCAAAGGCGUCAUGUGGUGGGGGAGGCGGGGCCAAUGCAAAUGGCGCUAUAUAACCUUAGGCUUCUGUGUGAGAUAUAUCCCACUUCUGUAAUUAAUACUACCGAUGAAAGUAGACUAAUAUUCUAUUCAAUUUUACUGACAGC